AUGGGAAGGUAUUUUUAUCUCCAAUUACUAUUUAUAUCGAUUUUAUUUUUAAAAUCAUAUUCAGCACAAAAUAAUGAUAAAAUAAAAAAUGAUGAUGAUUCUAUUUAUGUGAAUAAAAUAUUUGGUGACUGUAAAGAAAUAUAUUAUAAUAAUAAAUUAAAUAAUGAUGAAAAUUAUAAAAAUUAUAUUGGGUCAUUAUUUGGUACCUACUUUAAUAAUAAUAAUAAUAAAGAUAAUAAUAAUAAUAAUAAUAAUUGUAAAUUUAAAAAAGAUAAAAAUGAAUUAUUAAAAUCAUUUAAGCAAUAUUUUGAAGGAUUCGUUUCAUUUCAAGAUGAUGCAAUCAAAGAAAUUGAAUCUAUAAUAUAUAGGAAAUAUUUACAUCCAGAUACUAAGGUUGUAAUGCACCUUUUUGGAGAUCACGGUAUUGGUAAAACAUUAUCAUCAAAAUUAGUCUCAAGAGUAUUAUUUGAAAAUGGUAGUGGUUUAGAAGGUGAUGGUUUAUUAUUAAUAAAUGGUGAAGAAUUUAGAAUAAUUGAACAACAGCCACCAACAAAUAAUAAUGAUAACAAUGAAAAUACAAAAAUAGAAGAUCAAGAAUAUUUAAAUAUUAAAAUUCAACAUCUUAGAGAUAAACUAUAUAAUACAAUCAUUAAUAAACUUAUAGAAUGUCCAUACAGUGUGAUUGUAUUUGACGAAAUUCAAAAAAUUGAUCCAUACAUCAUAAGUGUAAUUGAACCAUUUUUAGAUGGUGCAACAAUUACAAUUUCUGACGAAAAGAAAACUACUACCACUAAAAUUAAUACAUCAUUAGGAACUUAUAUAUUGACAUCGGAUUUUGAUAAGGAGGGUAUGACUUAUAAUCAAAGUAUUUUAGAAUUAAAGAGGAAGGCAACUGCAAUGUUUAAGAGUAUUUAUGGUGAUAGUAAGUUUUCGAAAUUGGUGACUGAAAGUUUACCAUUUUUACCACUAUCAAAAUCAAAUUCAAAACUUCAAAUUAUUAAAGAGAUUGAGAAUUCAUUUUGCAGGGAAAACCAUCUAUCAAUUCUAUCGAUUGAAUUGAAAUCACAAGUUUCUGAAAUCAUUUUCCAAAAAAUGAAUACACUUUAUCCAAAUGAAAAUUUCCGUGCAAUUGAAAAGAUUUUAAAUUAUUUAAUCUUUAAUAAAGUUUCAAAUUUUAUCAUUCAAGAUUACGAUAAAUUAAUUGAAGAAACUAAAAUAAAUAAUAAUAAUAAUGAUAAUGAAAAUGAAAAAAUACAACAACAAAAUGAAAAUUAUAAAAUUCCUUUCAAUUACGUUUAUGAUUCAAUUUUCAAAAUUAUAAAAAACAAUAAAAUAUUAGAAAAUAAAAAUAAUCAUAAUGAUGAAGUAUUAAUUACAUUAUCAAUAAAACCAAAUAAUUUAAAUAAUCUUUUGAUAAUUGAUAUAUUUCCAUCGAAAAAUGUUUAUAAAAAUACAAAUUAA